AAUAUCUUUUACAAGUCACUUCUCUUACAAAUCAAAAAAUUACCCAGCUCUCAAGCUCUAUUACUAAACAAAUUAAAAAAUCUCUUAACCUUUCACUUAAUACUAACAAUGAUAUUCUUACAAAUCUACAACUUUUAAAUAUUUCUACCUUUCAUAAGCUUCUUACUUAUACUAGUUGUA